AUGCACAAAAAUUCGGGAAUUUCACCCGAGAGAUUAUUCGACGACACGUCCAGCACCUGCAGGGGCGAAUUCUUGCCGAGAUCACUCGGCAAAUUACCCGUCAGCCUGUUUUUGAACAGAUUGAGGUCGUUCAAAUUAGGCGAGCUGGCGAUGCUAUCGGGAAUUAUCCCUUCGAGUCGGUUAUCGUUCAAGAUGAGUGACUCGAGUGGCAACUCGCACAGCUCGUCCGGUAUAAGUCCGGUUAACUCAUUCAUGGAUGCAUCGAAUCUUCUCAACAUGGUCAGAUUAGACCAACCAAUCGGCAAACUUCCGGUGAACGAGUUAUUGAACAGUUCAAUCUGCUCGAUUUGCGUCAUGCCUGUUAUUAUCUUGCCAGUCGAGAUUCCGAAGCUGAGUCAACCGGGCAAGGGUCGAUGGGAUGGGGCCCACGAGCUGGCAGGAGGUGAGCCACAGGUUUUCCAGGUUGGUCAGGUUGCCGAGGUCGUCGGGUAUGGGGCCCGGGGAGAAUGGGUUGUAAGCCAGCUGUAG